UGGUGACAAGAGGUUCUUUGUCGCCGGAGGAUUGGGAUUGGGCGGCUUUCCAAUCGCUCGGAAAGCCGCUCCAUCUUUCUCAAACUCUUUCCCAAGAAUGCCAAAUUCAAUCUCUCAGGAACACAGUUUGACCGCGAUAGACAACCUUCGUAAGAUUAUAGUCAUUUAUUUUGUCAUCAAUAUUUCUUUCAGUUGUGUUCUUCAUGUCCUAUAUAUAGAACGUUCUCUCUUCCAUAUUGCAGUUGGUCAAUAAUUUUCUGUUCAUAUUGUUCCAGUCUUUCUUUGUUGUUUGCUUGUGGAUAUCUGGGUUCUCUGUUUUAUCUUCAUAUAGUCUCUGUCUCUCUUUCUCUCGCUGUCAUAGAAGAGAAACGGACCAGUUCAUACCUAUCGUUUUCCAAACACCAGUAUCUGUUUGUAUUUGGAAAGACCAUCAAUCCUGUUUCCUGGGUUGGAUAUCCAACCUGACAUUACCUCCACCCUCCAUUUCCUCCGUCCUCUGUUUCUUUCCCUGAGGAAAGUACAGAGAAAUGGCCCGAGCCAUCUCGAAUUCUCUUUGCCCAAAGGACUGGGUUAGAGGAAAAGCAGUUGGGAAUGGGUCCUUUGGCAUCGUCAACUUGGCCAUGAACAGAUCAACGGGCAAGCUCUUUGUCGUCAAGUCCUCACGAUCUGGCAUGGGGUUACAAUCCCUGAAGAAUGAGGCUGACAUCCUCGAGAGUCUGAAUUCGCCAUACAUUGUUCGAAGCCUUGGGCAUGAAGCUGUAGACAAAGCAGGAAGUCAACAAGAAUUCAACUUGUUCAUGGAAUACAUGGCAGGGGGGAGCCUGUUGGAUAUUGUGGAAAAGUUUGGUGGAGCACUGGAUGAGUCAGUGAUUAGAUCCUACACCAGAGAAAUUCUCAAAGGGAUUGCGUACCUUCAUAGAAAUGAUAUCGUCCACUGCGAUAUUAAAUGUAAGAAUGUGCUCUUGGGUUCAUCUGGGAACAUCAAGUUGGCUGACUUUGGGUGUGCUAGAAGAUUGGGAGGAUCUUCGGAGGUUGAUGCAUGUUCAAAGAAUUCAUCACAAUUUUCCGGUGGGACUCCAUUGUGGAUGGCACCAGAGAUUUUGAAGAAUGAAGGUGUCGGAUUCCUGUCAGAUAUAUGGUCUCUGGGAUGCACUGUGAUUGAGAUGGCCACUGGAAGACCUCCAUGGACCGACGAGGUAUCGAACCCGAUGACGGCAGUAUACAAGAUUGCAUGCUGUGAUGAUCUUCCAAAGCUCCCAUCCGGUUUCUCCAACGAGGGGCUUGAUUUCCUUGGAAAAUGUUUGCAGAAGGACCCAAAGAAGAGAUGGAAUGCUGAGCAAUUGCUCAACCAUCCAUUUAUCACUGGGGGUUGGAAUCAAAUGUGUUUGAAGGAGGCAUCCUGGUCACCAACAAGUGUCUUACAUGCAGGUUCCAGAGGGAACUGGCCUUUGGACAAAUUGGAGUCACCGACCGAAGAAGACAUCUCGACAUGGAGACCAUUCUUGAUGCAGUCUGAGAUUUCCAAGAAGCUAAGAAGGAUGUGCAGCAAACAGAUUGAUUUACAGGCAACAGAAGGGUGGAUUGAGGUUAGAUCAGGAUGAAAAUUUUGAUAGGUAUAGAUGAUAGCAACCUGUAAAUUGACAAAGACAGGGAUCUGGAUGUACAGCUCAGUCUAUAGGUAGAAUCUCGUUCUCACUGUUUUCACUCUUCUCCUUUGUCUUACCUCUAUUUGAAAUCCAAGGAUAAAUAAUU